AUGAUAGAGGAUUUAAUCCACUGUCCAUGCAGUCGGUCAACUUCCAUACUUCCCUGCCAGAUUGGACAUAAAGAUGAGUGUACCAAUAUCAGUAAUCGGUAUAACAACUCGCCAUCUGUGGCGUUCCACAGUUUUGCAUUGCUGGCAACCAUCGGAACCUAUGGCCAGAACCCAAGUCUUACAUACUCAUUCAAGACACCAUAUGGAGGGAUUGAAGCUCUAAGCACAAAGGCUGUGCUUGUGGACUUCAGCUGCCCCUCGGGGCAAGAUGACUACUUCAAAAAACAUGAAAUAUGUCGUGUGUUUGACUUCAGUUCUGCCACGCUUGUACAGAGCAUACCGCGAGAGAUCAAGUACAAGUGCCUGGUGGGACUUAUGAUCCAGAAUCGAGUCACAUAUCACUACCAGCUGAAGCUUACAUCUCUUCCAUCACAGGCAGAAACUAAAUACAUCCUCGUCAUACACAGUGAGCGAGAACCCCCCAAGUGUCGUGUAGUUCUGGCGGUGGCUGCUAUUCCUGCCCGGCGGAGUGUGCACGUUGUGUGGCAGAGACCUGGCCGUACAGCCAGGAUUACUCACUAUUUGGUCUCACUAUACCAGAAGAAGGAUCUUCUCAGCACCGCCAAGAAAAAGUAUGGAACUGAAGAACAUGAAUUUGAGAACCUAAGUCGUGGUUAUUACAUUGUCCAGGUGGAACCAAAGACGGUGAAUAACACGAGCCCAUGUGGAAAGACAGUUUACAAGGGCAUUCAACUGAUUUAUUUGGGUGACUACAGUGUGUGAGUGAGGACACGAAUGACAAGAGCGAAUGCCUUCUGAUGGGGACACCUACAUGUAGAUCUCAAUGCUCAGUGUCAAAUUUUGAAUGCGGUACUUCCCAGAUCCCAGUGUCUGAUACUACUAAGAAUGUUGGUGUGAUUCUCGAUCCAGAGCUUUCACUCGAUCACCAUGUCACCAAUCUGAUAAAAAGCUGAUUCUUUCAUCUGAGAAAUAUCGGGAACAUAUGCAAGUACCUAACAAAGGACUCUGCUGCCCUCCUCGUCCUGUCUCUGGUGAUGAGUAGCCUGGACUAUUGUAACAGCCUCCUGGUCGGUGCUACAAAAUCUCAGAUCUCCAGAACCCGUGAAGGUCCGGGUUAGAAUAUUGAUCUUCAUUAACCCAUGCUUGUCGUAAGAGGCGGCUAACGGG